AGGCGCUCCGGUGGAGUUGUGCCCUGGCUGGAGGCGAGUUUUGUGCGCACGGAUCAGACCGCAGAGCUGGAUCUUAAACCUGUUAUGUUGGAAGUAUUUGCGCUUUCUACCGAGGCGGUCCAAACGUGCACGAAAUGAAAUCUCUGUCGGGUGGACGAUUAUAGCUCAAAGUUGCUGCUGCUGACAGAGACAAGGCAGUUUUUCGCUUUUCAACUGCACCAUUGUCCUCAGGCAGUUCUUCUUUCAAUGAGGGAUACAGUUUUGGUGCUCUCGCCAGGCUGAAAUCCUCCAGGGUCAGGACCUCCCUCAUGGCAGCCUUACUUUUUGGGCUGCUGCUUUUUGCAAUGCAGUCCCCUCCCAUCCCUUCUAGGCCAACGACUGAUGGGGGGCCCCCUUUACCUCCCACUGCAUCCACUAUGGCUCCCAAUGACACCACGGCAACCAGCCACCCUAAUGGGACCCUCCAGCAGCUUCCCAAGAUUAUUAUUAUUGGGGUGAGGAAGGGUGGGACGCGGGCGCUCAUUGAGAUGCUCAGCCUCCACAGUGCAGUGGCAGCGGCAGAGAACGAGGUGCACUUUUUUGACUGGGAGAGCCAUUUUCAGAAAGGCCUGCCCUGGUACCUCAGCCAGAUGCCCUAUGCCUUCCCGGACCAGCUGACAGUAGAGAAAACGCCAGCUUACUUCACCUCCAGCAAAGUUCCCAAGCGCAUCCACCAGAUGAACCCCGACAUCAAGCUGCUGCUCAUCCUGAGAGACCCCACUGAACGGGUGCUUUCGGACUACACCCAGGUCUUCUACAACCGUCUCCAGAAGCACAAGCGCUACCAGCCCAUUGAGUCGGUGCUGGUCAAGGAUGGUGAAAUCAACCUGGGAUACAAAGCUCUCAAUCGCAGCCUGUACUACAUGCACAUGCAAAACUGGCUGCGUUACUUCCCGAUGGAGAGCAUCCAUGUUGUGGAUGGGGAUGAGUUGAUCAGGGACCCCUUCCCCGAGAUGAAAAAGGUGGAGCGGUUCUUGCAGCUGGAACCCCAGAUAAAAGCUUCAAACUUUUACUUUAAUAAGACUAAGGGAUUCUACUGUUUGAGAGACCACGGGAGAGAACGGUGUUUACAUGAUUCAAAAGGCAGGGCUCACCCUCACGUUGCCCCCGCCAUCCUGCAGAAACUCUACCAGUUCUUUCAUGAACCCAACAAGAGGUUCUUUGAGUUGGUGGGUCGAACAUUCAACUGGAACUGAGCGAUUGCGUCUCAAUAUCUUGUUGUAGAAUUGCUUCAGGCAUAAGAGCCUGUUUAAGUUGGGUUGAUUUCCAUAACUGUCCUGUUUUCCAUACUAACAAAAUAGAGAAAGAGACAAUGCUAUUGUAAAUUCACACUAAAUCUAUUUUUGUAUUAGUGAAAAUGUUGCAGCAGUAUGAACGAGCCAAAUAUCAGGGCACACUGGAUGCCUCGGUUCAUGACAUGCUCUGUUAUUGCGUGUCUUAAGAAAUUCAUGUUUUUUUUUUUUCUUUUCUUCGGGUGCUUUGCCAGUCAUUUAUGUAAUUUUAUUAUAUUUCUAUACAGUUUGGAACACACACUUAUGCUUUUUAGUUUGCUGUCUGUCUGUCCAAAGCAGAUAAUAAUAUUUAAAGGUUAGACUGUGUCAGUUCAUGUGUCACAUGCAGGUAAGUAACUGAUCAGUUUAUUAUUGUCAUCCCCUCAUGUUCACGCUGCUUAUAAUAUAAUUGUACAUUAUUAAUGUCUAACUGCAUUUUGUGUUCUGAAGGACCUUUACCUGCUGCUACGUUUUUUCUCAGUCACUUUCAGGCACAUGGCUUCCUAUUCAUAUUUGUUCAUUUUCUUACUCAAAUAAUUCUUUAUGUAAGAGUCAAAUAAGUAUUAUAUACAUGCUAUGUAGGCCUACACAUCAUGUAUUGCUGAUUGUUAUGGUGUAUUGUAAAUAUAAUAUAACUUUUUUAAAAAAGUGAAGGAUUAAUACCAUAAU